CAGGGGGAGUUUCCAUUGCAGCAGAGGUGGAGCAACACAGAGGGUGUUGUACUGCUAGUGAGGGCUUGUGGUCUCGGGCAGUACAAGUAGUAAUGUGUGACUGUAUUAGUACAGUUGGAGCAGUGCAGCGACAAACAUAAGUUGGUACUGUGGUCUAAACUUUGUUCUGUCCCGUAACACAGACUGACUUCACAGCUUUGUUUCUGAUACCUCUCUGUUCUCCACAACAACAAAGUCGUGUAUAAGUAUGAAGUUUCUGGAGCUGGGGGACUCCAUCAGUCGCUUCAGGUUCGCUCAGUGCUGUGUGGGGUUGGCAGGAUGCCUGUGUGUGCUGUAUGCAGUCUUAACACCAUUCUGGCUGAAUGAGAAAGGACUCUGGACGAAGGAGAACAACACUGAAAGUGAUCAGACGAAUAGCAAAGGUGUCUUCAAUGCUGUGGAAGCAGAGAGCGUAUUUGCAGUUGUUGCCUGCCUGAUGGCUGUGAGUACUGGUGCUCUGUGUCUGGUGUUUGCCCUCUGCUGGACAUCUAAGACGGUGCACUCCUACUCCAACACGCGCGCUCUCCUCAUGGCAGGACAGGCACUCUACCCCACCACACUGCUGCUGCUCACCAUGGCCGCUACAGGUUUCUUCUUCCUGCUCAGCUGGUCUCUUUUCACUUAUCAGCACCGAGAAGAAAUCAGUCAAGACUUCUCCAGCCUCGGCUCUUCUUAUUGGCUAGGAGCUUUGGGAUGGGUCCUGCUGUUGGUGGUGGAGAUGAUAGUUUUUAUAGCUGAACAAGCUGUUGUGCCAGACAGCCUGCCAGAUUUAGAGAAGGCUGUGGAGUCGUGGCGGAUUUCCUCUCAACUUAAGGCUGCUAAACGUUCUUUCAGUGAUAGUUAUCACCCUGGUUACAGCAAAAGUGGCAUGGCUCCAAAGAGGUAUAUGCCAACACAUUGAGAGUAGUGCAGAAACAAGGAGAUGACAGACAAAAUGAAUGUGAAUUUGUAUGGUACACAUGAAUGCACAGAUACUCAAUGAGAAAGCAGCAAUUCCUCACUGCUUUAGAGAUCUAUGCAACCCGACUGAAUACUGAUAAACUCUAUUUGGAGUUAAGUAUUGGCUGGAGGAAUUAAGCUCCUGAAUCGUGGAAGUCAAUGGGACUGACGGCUUCAGCUUGCUGAAGAGCUGAUUAUGGUAGUCAUUCUCCAGUGUGUUCUCUGUAUCCACUGGCGUGAAAUAAAAACACAAUAGGGACCAAAAAGUACUGGCUGGGAAGCUGAGAACUGUUCUCUGACAGAGUGAUGUGUGGAGCAGUGUUUGCAGCAUUUUGGAGUUCAGUAAGUUUUGUCCAUUUUGUUCUUUUUUACAUAAAUGCAACACUGUCGCAAAAUGCUGAAGUAAUACUUUAGCUGAAAUGUUCAUUAAGCGCUGCAAUAUAGUUGUUAAAUGUUAAAAUCGUGCCAUCUUGUGAUGACCCUGUGACACUUGAGACAGGUCUCAACAAAGUAAGUUAUUUUAAAAUGUUUUAUUUUAUUUGUUUCAAGAUGAGCUACAGACUUUAUAACGAAAAGGGUCUUCACGAUUGUAGUUUUCUUAUGGAAAAAUAUUUUUACUUUACUGAUGAGUAACAAAUAUCACAAAUGAUCGUAACCUCUUUCAGUUAUUCCCUUAUGUUUUUACCACUUAGGAUAUGGAUACCUAAAUGUAAUGCAUGUACAGUGUGGUCAUUUAAGCUAAGUUUGACUAUGCUAAUCAUGUGCUUACAGAGCUGAAUAAAAGUUUUAUGAUCCAA